AGGAAAAGUGCGUGGAAUUUUCGGCCAAAUCCCUCCCCUUUCUUUCUUUUCUUCCCCCACAAAAAAGAGCGAUUCCUUUCCCUUCCCUUCCCUUCCCUUGUUUACUUUUUCUUUCUUCUUUCCCUUCUGUUUAUAAGAAGAUUUCGGUUUUGUAUUUUCCUCUGAAACUCUCGUCGCAGGAGAUAGAAAAAGAUAUGGCGGAAGAACACAGAUGCCAAGCUCCGCAAUUAUGUGCAAACAACUGCGGAUUCUUUGGAAGCCAAGCGACUCAAAAUCUUUGUUCUAAAUGUUAUCGCGAUCUUCAGCUCAAAGAACAACAAUCUUCCUCUGCCAAACAAGCCUUUAAUCAAACUUUCGUUCCUUCGACGGCGUCUUCUUCUUAUUCUUCGUUUCCAUCACCUUCAACGACCGAAUCAACGUCAACCGUAUCCUUAGCAGCGGCGAAGGAGGAACCAACGGCGGAAACAAAGCAAACGGCCUUGGUGGAAGAGCCGGUUCAGGUCAAACAGAACAGAUGCUUGAGUUGCAAGAAACGCUUGGGGCUCACGGGGUUCAAGUGCAGGUGUGGGAUGGUGUUUUGCGGGAUCCAUAGGUACCCUGAACAACAUGCUUGUACUUUUGAUUUCAAAGGGAUGGGAAAGCAACAAAUCGCCAAAGCUAACCCACUUGUUAAGGGUGAGAAGCUUCAAAAAAUAUAAAUAAAUAAAAAAUU